AAAAACUAGUGGUCAAUUUAUGUUGAAUAAAACUGCGACUUAUUAAAUAGGUUUGUUAACCUACUAAAGAGUUAUUCUAAAAAUAAAGUAUCUAUCCGCUCUUCAAAAAUUGAUUGGGUUAACAUUUUCAGUACUUCUGAGAGUUGUGCCGAAUUUACUGAUCUACCUCUCAGAUACAUACAUCUUGACUCAGUUCCUAAUUUUAACGAUUGGCCUUAGUAAAGUUUCGGUUAGUGGAAGCAACCCUACAUGAAGGAUUAUACUCUAGCUUCAAUAUGCGAAAUAUAUACCAUUUUAACUAUAUUUUAAUCUUAUAUCUGA